CCAAUUGCCGACCCCACUAUCUUUCUCCCCACCAACAAAAGACUACGCACUACGUAACUCCAAAUCUUCUCCUUAAUUUCUUCUCCCCAAUAACAACUUAACAAGCAAUCAACCCACCAAUCAUCAUCUCUCUCUUCCGCACCAAACAAUGGGAGUCGCCGUAAACACCGCCGUCGACGACGCUGCAAUCUCUCUCCUCCACCACCCCAACUCCGGCGAAGAAGCCCCCAAAAACAUCCCAAAAGACUCCUUUCACUUCGCAUACAUCAUCUACUUCACUCUCGGAGCUGGGUUUUUACUCCCAUGGAAUGCCUUCAUCACAGCCGUCGAUUACUUUGACUACCUUUACCCUGAUCAGAGCGUUGACCGCAUCUUCGCCGUUGCUUACAUGCUUACAGGACUUUUCUCUCUCCUAGUCAUCAUCUUCUCUCUCAAGAAAUCCGAUGCAUUUGUUCGGAUCAAUAUGGGCUUGGGCCUCUUUGUUGUGGCCCUGUUUGUGGUGCCAUUAAUGGAUGUGUUCUAUAUUAAGGGCCGAAGUGGGCUUUAUGAUGGGUUUUAUGUGACUGUUGGUGCUUUGGGCCUAUCGGGCUUGGCUGAUGCUUUGGUCCAAGGUGGGCUUAUUGGGUCCGCCGGUGAGUUGCCGGAGAGAUAUAUGCAGGCUGUUGUUGCUGGAACUGCUGCUUCAGGUGUCCUUGUUUCUUUUAUUAGAAUCUUUACCAAAGCAGUAUAUCCACAAGAUAUCGAUGGUUUGAGGGACAGUGCAAUCUUAUACUUCAUUUUUGGGAUUGUACUUAUGAUCAUCUGUGUCGUCUUUUAUAAUGUGGCACAUAGACUUCCAGUGAUCAAAUACUACAAUGAGCUUAAGUUGCAGGCUGUAAAUGAGGCAAACAAAGAGAAGGAUUCUUUAUCUGGUCCUGUUUGGGAAAUUAUGGGAAGAAUCAAAUGGCAUGGAAUUGGAAUUAUAGUCAUAUAUGUUGUGACUCUAUCCAUAUUUCCAGGCUUCAUUACUGAAGAUGUUCAUUCAACACUUCUUGGGGAUUGGUACCCAAUUCUCCUCAUCACUGCCUACAAUGUUUUUGAUUUAGUGGGCAAGGCGAUUACUUCCUUCUAUCUCCUUGAAAAUGCAAAUGCUGCCAUUGGUGCCUGUUUUGCUCGGUUGCUGUUUUAUCCUCUCUUUUUGGGAUGCUUGCAUGGUCCUCAGUUUUUUAGAACUGAGAUUCCUGUUACAGUGCUGACGUGUCUGUUGGGACUGACAAAUGGCUAUCUUACUAGUGUUCUGAUGAUUUUGGCUCCCAAAACUGUCCAACUUCAACACUCAGAAACAGCAGGGACUUUGGUCGUGCUGUUCUUAAUAGUUGGCUUGGCUUCUGGCUCAAUUGUGUCUUGGUUUUGGGUCAUCUGAUCCAGUAGCAUUUUGUUUUACCUGACGCUGUGUAAUCUGCUGGUAUGUCUCAGCUUAAAUUAUAAUUUAGAGAUCCAUCGUCAACCCUUGUGUAGUUGGAAAUGGAGAGGGGCGAAUGAUCCUAGCUUAUUUCAUGCCUGAUCUCAUCAUGAUGGGGUAACUCAGGGAUGUAAUUGUUCAAAUUGUAAAGCUCUGUAAGAUAUGUUUCCUUACAUUCUUAAAAGUGUAACUUUCAUUCAGUUCUGCAUAUUAUGAAAAUUAUAUUCUUGUAUAUGUGCCCGUCCUCACUGUUUAUCCCUUUUGUGGUUAGUAUAGUAGAACUAGAACCUUCAUCUUUUCUUGUUA